CCUUUCAUUAUGGCAUUGUGUAAAGUAUAAACAUCUAGUACAAAGAGGCUUCGCUUCUUUCCAGGACAGAUCUAUUCGCAACAAGAACUAGCGCGCAGGAAAGCAAGCCGAGCGAUCGAAGGAGGAGGUGAAGCAGCGAGGUCAAUGAGAAGAGCGUAGAUAACCAUACAGGAGUAGAAGAAGACGGGAAGAUGGGCUGCUCCUUCUCCGGUCUCAACGCCUUAUACGACGCUCCUAAUGGAGCUGGCGACGUAUGGAUCAACGAGAACCGGUUCAGGAUCUUGAGUCAGCUUGGCGAAGGUGGCUUUGCCUCCGUCUUCCUCGUCAAGGAGCUCGUCGCCCACGACUCUGCGUCAUCAGGCGGCCUUGCCUCCAACAAAACCAUCGAUCCUUCCCAUAUUUCAGAUGACAGCACUUAUACUUUGAAAAAGGUCCUCAUCCAAAGUCCGGAGCAGUUAGAGUUGGUGAGGGAGGAGAUCCGUAUUUCUUCUCUUUUCAAUCACCCUAAUUUGCUUCCCCUUCUUGAUCAUGCCAUCAUUUCUGUUAAGGGUGCACUGGAUGGACCAAAAAAUCAUGAAGCAUACUUGCUGUUUCCAGUUCAUCUUGAUGGAACUUUGCUAGACAAUACUAAAAUUAUGCAGGAAAAAAAGGAGUUCUUUCCUGCAGUCACUGUUCUGCAGUUAUUCAGACAACUGUGUGCAGGAUUGAAGCAUAUGCACAAUUUUGAACCGCCAUAUGCUCAUAAUGAUGUCAAACCUGGAAAUGUUCUCCUAACAAAAAGAAAGGGACAACCUCCUGUUGCUAUUUUAAUGGAUUUUGGAAGUGCGCAGCCUGCUAGAAAGCAAAUUUGUUCACGUUCUGAGGCGUUGCAGUUGCAGGAAUGGGCAGCUGAGCAUUGUUCUGCGCUCUACCGAGCUCCUGAAUUUUGGGAUUGUCCGAGCGAAGCUUAUAUUGAUGAGAGGACAGAUGUUUGGUCUCUAGGAUGUACUCUAUAUGCAAUCAUGUACGGAGAAUCUCCUUUUGAGUAUGCUGUUGGGGAUACUGAAGGAAGAUUGCAGUCCGCCAUUAUGAAUGCUGAAAUAAAAUGGCCAACAAGUUCAAUCUCCUCUUAUCCAGAUCAACUCCAUCAGUUUGUUUCAUGGCUGCUUCAGCCUCAGAUUUCGGUGCGGCCUCACAUCAACGACAUUCUCUUCCACGUCGACAAGCUCAUUACCAAUUUUUCCUCCUAAGCCCGGUGAUAGAGAAGCAUUCCAUCCAUAUCUGUGAAGUUAUAACAUGUGCUUCUUCUCUUCUGUACUAUAUUUAUGUCAAUUUUCAGACUGAUUUGUUAACAAAGCUUCUUCACUUAUGUCAGGAGAGGCUGUACCUAAAUGUUAUGGCUAUAUUUAUUUUCUUAAUUCUUUUUUUGAUGUUGCAGGAG